AUGGGACAGGUACCUUUGAUCGCUGCCAAGAGUACAUUAUUUAUGUAUUCUGGUAUUCGUUCAAUAGUUGUAGGCAACAAAGAAAAAGUGGUCCCACAAAGGCCACCAGAUUUAGAUAUCAUAGCAUCUGGAGAGAGAGACCGAAUUUCUGAUGAUUGGAGGUGGCUUGCUUUAAAAUCUGAGAAACGCUUAAAUAGCAUGAGAAAAAUGAAUUCUUCGUCGGAGCAAUUGAAACAAAAAUUAGGGAGUACGUUUGAUAUAAAUCAGUUUUCUUGUUUUGUUCCAAGAACUGUAUUGGAGGCAAUUGCUGAUAAAAGAAUUAGUUAUGCAGAUGAAUUUGAUGUAAUCAUUGAGAGUUUCAAAGGAGCUGUCAUGUUUUGUGAUGCAUCAGGGUUUACUGCUCUAACAGCGGCUUUGGAUAAGCAAUUAAACGGUGCAGAGAGGUUGGGUGAAUGUAUUAAUAAUUUUUUUACUCCACUAAUCCAGAUUAUUCAUUAUUGGGGAGGAGAUAUUAUUAAAUUUAGUGGAGAUGCCAUUUGUGUUGUUUGGCCAGUAGAUGAUGAGUCUAUUAAUUUAAAUAACGGAGGGGUUGGCGUUAUAUCUGAAAGUUCAAGCAGUUCACCUCAAGUCAAUGCCCCUCAAAGCAAUACUCAAUUAAACAAAUUAACCAGAGACCUUAAUAAAUUUGUAAAUAAGUCAAAAAUCAAUGAUGAUAAUAGUCCGUCUACUGCAGAAAAAAAAUGGAAUCGAGAAGAGCAAUUGGAACCAGAAGAACCUCCCUCACAAAGCAAUACCAAUACUGCUGAAACAUAUUCUGUUGAUAUGUUCCAUGCAUGCAGAUUAGCAUGCGAAUGUUGUAUGGAUAUACAUAGGACCUUACACAACUUUCCUACCCCAAUUCCAGGAAGACACCUAACUCUUCAUAUCGGCGUUGGAUAUGGUAGAACGACAAUUUUACAGGUUGGAGGUGUAAUGGAUAGAUGGGAAUACGUCGUCGGUGGGCCUCCAUUUGAAGAAAUUGCAAUUGCAGAACCGUUAGCAAAGAGUGGAGAAACUGUUAUAUCCCCUUCAGUAUACUCCAUUCUUGCAAAGCAUGUAAGCGUUGAAUCAUGCGAAGGCAAUCCAGAUUUUAAAAAACUAAAUAGUAUACUCCUGCCGAGACCACCACCUCCUCCUCCUUUAGCUUCUAUUCAUAUUCAUGAUGAAGAUGUUGAUUUGCUAAGAAGAUAUAUUCCACCGCCGGUUUAUAGAUGUCUUUCAAGUGGUUACAAUGUUUUCUUGAAUGAGGUGAGGCGUUUAACUUGUAUUUUUGUUUCAGUUAAGGGGUUAGAUAUCUCAACUCAUUAUGGUUCUAAAACCGCACAUCAAUUAAUGCAAUUAGUUCAAAAGGCAGCUUAUACUAUGGAAGGUAGUGUGAACAAGUUUCUGGUGGAUGAUAAAGGCGUAUUAUUGUUAAUCAUUUUUGGACUUCCGCCAGUAUAUCAUUUGGACGACCCUUUAAGAGCAGUUUUUGCAGGUUUGAGAAUACUGGAUAGUAUUAGAUUUAUGGGCUUAAGUUCUAGCAUUGGAAUAGGUACUGGUAGAGUUUGGAUUGGAACAGUCGGAUGUGAAAUUCGUAAAGAGUACACUGCACUUGGUGAUACAGUUAAUUUAUCGGCCAGAUUAAUGGGAAGAGCAGGUGAAAACGAAAUAUUAUGUGACCUAAAUACAUAUGAAGCAUGUAAUCAUGCAAUGCAAUUCGUACAAAAGGAGUCAUUUUACCCUAAGGGAAAAGAUGUCUCUAUAAGUACAUUUUCUCCAACCGGUAUUUUAACAAAAAACCGUCUACAUGGCAAUGCUUUUGGAAAGGCUGAAACAAGCGAUUUGACAGAUUCAAAUCUACCAGAUAAUAAAGAUCACUUGAAUGCCAAGGAUGGAGUUUCCGUUGAUAACUUAUUGUUAACGGAAAAUUCAAAUACUCAGAAUACUGACAUAAAUCCCAAUAUUCCAAAUCUUCAAAGUAUCAGAACUUGGCGAAGCUGGAGGCCAUUAAAGAAACUGAAAAAGUUUUUCAAACCCAGGUAUAGUUAUGGCCUCCCAGAUAUGAAUGGUCCAAAUUUCAGAGUUAUCCCAGAUUAUACAAUGGAAAACAUGCCAGAAAACAGAUUUUUAGGCCCUUUAAUGCCUUGGGAAUAUUAUGAACCUUGGGAUCCAAUUUUGCGUCCAACCUUAGACUUAGGAGGUGUAAUGACAAUUUAUGGCAAGGAAAACUGCGGAAUAGAUGAAAUUAUUCAAAACAUUGUAUAUCUUGGAGAAAGGUUAGAAAGGAAGGUUUUUUUGUGUAGUAACAUGCCUGAUACGCCCUUCAUAAACAUAGGAAACGUACCUCUAUUGCCGUGGAAAACUCUUUGUACAGAUAUUGUAGAAUCAUGGCGUCUAACAAAAUCUAGGGAAAAAAAAGGAUUUUCAAAUAUAGAUCGUGAUAAUUCAAUUUAUGGAUUAGCCAAGGAACUUACUCAUCCUUCUUUUCACUGGAGUCUUCAUAAAUUAAAGCCAGUAUUACAAGGUUUGGUUCUCCCAUCAGAACUUUCAGAAAACAAGGCUUUCUUUAAAAUGGGAAAAUAUAAGAACAAAGAAAGCAAGAGAAUGAAAAACAUUUUUAGGAAUCCCCUAUUAUUUGUACAGAAUUUGAAUGGCCAAUCGGAAUCAUUGGAUAAAGAAUUAAAUGACAGAGGAUUCGAAAAUGAUGAGAAUUUAAAUAAAGAAACUUUACAAAAUGAAUUAGAUGAUACAACAAGCUCAGAAGAAGAGUUAUCAGAUGAAGACGAUGAGAAAGGCUUGGGCCCAAUUAUUACAUCUCUAGUUAAUGGCUUUUCAAUGUAUGAAAAUAGUAUCAUUUGUUUACAUGUAAAAAGCGGAACAUGUUUCUAUGCUGGAAUGGAACAGGAAAGUUGGAAAAUCGCCAAGAUGAUUGCAAGAAUUGCCAUGAUACGAAGAAAAAGGAAGGUUGAACAUGACUUUAAAGAGUUAAAAAGAUGGCGUAGAAAACAUUCCAGAAUAUGCCUCUUUUGUAAAGGAUUUAAGAGGCCAAUUCAGCAUAUUUCCAAAGACACUUUGUAUUUAUAUAAAACAACAAAGUGCACUCCUCCAACCUUUAAAUCUUCUCCUCCUUUGCUAUUUAUUUUAAUAUGCAGUAGUAACACGGACUCGAUUGAGGAACAAAAAGAAAUUAUUCAAUGGGCAAAGGAAUGCAAUGCUUUUAUUGAAGUUCCAAAAUUAACGCUGAAUGAAACUUCCAAAUUUAUUGGGCAUCAAUUAGGUGUUAAUACUCAAGUUCCAUUUCAACUCGUUGAAUAUGUUCACAGAGCUUCUGGAGGUAUUCCUGAACAUAUAAAAAGAACUUUAUUGCAACUUCUUUCACAUAGAGCAAUUUCUAUCAGCACACAAGAUGAUCAACAAGUAGAUGACCCUGAAAGAAAAGACUCGCUAAUAUUAGAUUCUGAUAAAUCUAUAAAUAAUCCAGAUUAUCUAUCAAAUAAUAUUAUUAGCAGGAAUGCAAGCAUCUGCUCCAAUACUGUUUCAGGUAUCGACUCUUCCAUAGGAAAUCAAUUUGAUUUUGGAGCAAUAUCAAGCAUUGUAUCAGGAUAUAGUUUGAAGAAUAUUCAAGGCGAAUUGGGAUUCAACUCAUCAGUAUACUCUUCAAGUGAUGAAUCUUCUUCAUCCGGUUCUUCUUCAAGCGAUGACUCGAAAGGAUGGUCCGAUAGUUCAAUAAAAAGGAAAAUUAAAGUUCCUAGAUUUAGGACUCCUGGACCACGCGAACUACUGAGCAGUGAUGGAGUACCUAUCGUUGGAAAUAGGCAGGCGAAUUGGUCUCCAAAUAAUGAUUUGUCAGGGUCUAGACACAGAUUGUCGUUUACAAAGUUAGAUCAAUCUUCAUACCUAUGUAAGAAUUCCGAAGAUAACAAAAGAUACAUAAAAGUCACUGGGCAACUAAGGAAAAUACCUUUUGCGCCAGAGAUUGUGGCAGACUGCAUGUCUAAGUUAGAACUGCUUGAACCAGAUGAACAAAUGGCUGCCAAGAUUGCUAGUGCAUUUACAUUUGCAUUUACUGCUUCAGAGCUGCACGAAGUUUAUCCACAAAAAAAAUCCCCCCUUGAAUUUCUAAAAAUGAUUAAGGCUAUGGUAAAUAAAGACGUUUUCGAAGUUUGUGACACCAUAAACUUUGGAGUUGAUAGAUCUAGACGAGGAUCAAUAAAUAGUGACCAUACCUCAAAACAUAAUACUCUUUAUGAAAAUGAUCAAGAUAAAAAUUUAAAUGUAUAUGAAGAUGAAGUUUACAAAGAUAUAUCCACUUCAACCCCUGUUAUGAAGGAUAUCUCUGAUUACUUGUUAAAUAUGAAUUUGCCAGACUUUUCUAAAAGUAAUAAAGAUUCUACAGAUGCAGCUGACCCAUAUCCAAUUGAAACCUCCGAAAUAAAGAAUGAAAGGAAUGAAACAAAUAAUGAUCAGCCAGUUAACAUUAAUAUAAUUAUUACAGAAGACAAUCAAUCAGUAGCAGAUGAACACGAAUUUCCAAAGCUUCAGAAUUGCGAUAUUUUGCCUUAUUAUAUUGAGUACUACCGUUUCCAAAGCGUAGCUUUUCAAAGAGUUGUUUCAGAGUCUCUCCUUUCAGAUGAAAGAAAAAGGCUCGCUAGAAUUUCUAGAAAAACGCUUUCAAGAAGGCUUUCCAAGCUUAGUCCAUCUGUUAGAAGUGCAUCGCCUCAACUCCCUUCAUCCCCUACAGAUUCAUCUAGCAACAAGUUUGCUGAUAACAACGAAGCUAACAAAGUGUCAACAAGAUACCUUUCAACGAUACCUAAUAAUAUUAGUGUUAAUAACAGUAUUCCAACUAAUUUGGAUGCAUUACUUGAAGACGAGAAGUGA